AUGUCAGCAUCUGAUACUGCCCUAAUCCUAGGCGCCGGGCCACGAGUCGGUUCCAGCGUGGCGAAGAAGUUCGCCUCGGAAGGCUACGCUGUUGUCAUAGCCUCACGCAGCGUGCAAGAUGGUUCGACAUCUCCAGAAGGAUACUUACAGGUCAAGGUCGAUCUUGAUCAACCUCGCUCAGUCCGACAUGCUUUCGAAAGUGUCAUGGAGCACUUUCAGGCACCACCCAAUGUAGUGGUAUUCAAUGGUGCUCAUAGACUCCUCAAUCCACCGGACGAUCCUUUCAGCACUUCUCUAGAAAGCUUUCACGCUUGCAGCAAAGUUGGUUUCGAGAGCCAGUACGUAGCCGCACAAGAAGCAGUCAAAGGCUUCAAGACGUUGCCGGAGUCGGUGCCAAAGACGUUCAUCUUCACGGGCAACGCCUUAAACCAGGUUCCUAUUCCACAGGUCUUUCCGUUCGCACUGUCCAAAAGACUAAGCGCCACCGUCAUUGAAUAUGGUGCAAAUGCAUAUGGAUCGAAGGGUUAUCGGUUCUACUAUGCCGACGAACGCAAGCCUGGUGAUGGGAGACCGGCUGGAGAAGACAUUGAUGGGGAGGCUCAUGCUGAGAUGUACUGGCAGCUAGCGCAGCCUGGUCUCCAAGAGCCGUGGCUUGUGACAUUUGGCAAAGGUGAAGGGCGAGUACCAUAUGGCGGCGUGGGUUUCGACGGGGUGCCAUAUAAUGCUGAAUGGGUCGACCAUCAGCUCUGUGAUGCUUGCUACAACGAAUCGUUCAUUCGGGAGCCGUACAAAAUCCAUGUCAGACGGCUAUUGGUUAGGCAAGACGAGCUGGGCGUCUACGCGCAUGAGCUCACGCAGACGAACUUCGAACAUAAGCUGCUCGACCCUGCGAUUCCCAUCGGUGACGAACCUCUCAUUGUCGCAGACGUCGCAACCGGGACUGGAGUUUGGGCUCUCGAAGUCGCCGAGCGGUUUCCCAAUCUGACCAUUGAAGGUCUUGACAUCAACCUUAACGAAACGCCCCCGAAAGCCUGGCUGCCUUCGAACGUAACCUUCCGAGAAUUCAAUUUGCUUGAGGACAUACCCGAGGAACUGGUAGAGCGCUAUGACAUUGUCCAUGUGCAGUUUGUCAUGAUCUUUGUUUUGGAUUCGAAUGUCCAUGCUGUUAUCCAACGACUACUCAGAAUGCUUAAGCCAGGGGGUUACCUGCAGUGGACCGACAGCAACAGCAAUCGUUACAGUUGGCAUACCGCCACGACUGGCCAAGAACCCACUGAAGUAAUCAAACUCUACACCAUGGCGCAAGACAUUGUAGGAAAGCGGAGCCAGAACUUGAAGUGGCUCAAUAACUUCGAGGAUCUAUUCAAACGCUCUGGGCUUAAAGAUGUCGAGUACGUCGCCCCUGAGUCGAGGCCUUCCACGUUACAACCAGUCAUGAUGAAUUGGAUAUGGGCUUUGGAGGAAGGAUUUGGUCACUUGAGAAUGAAGGUUCCGGAGAGGGCACAAGCUAUCGACGAGUGGAUGGAACAGCGAAAGAGGGCUUUGCAGGAGAUUGAGGAAUUGAAGGUCGGGAUGAACAUGCGGACCCAGCGGUGCAUUGGUCGGAAACCGGUUUCUUGA